GUUGUCUACCCUUAUCCCAACGUUAAGCAUGUUCUUGUUCGAGACAAAAACAGAUCUUUCUUUUCAAUAAUUAAAUUUAUAAAUAAUCUUAUUUAUUUACUAACUUACAUCUAGAAUACUUAGGUAUAUCUAGAUCUAGGCACACACAAAGAUAAAAAAUAAGUGCAGGAAAAAAUUUUCAAUGCAAAUGCCCAAUUAGUAUUUAAUUUGAGCAGUGACAGUAGUAAUCUUAAUAAGCUAUAAAAAAAGAAAAUGAAUGGAACCAGCUGUAUCCAGAUGAAGAUAAUACCAGACAGCAAUGAUGUGACUACUGUUUUUGGCAGUAUAUCAACAUUACUUUCCCUGGACUUCGAGCCAGUUGGACGAUGGUUUGAGGCUCAUCAUAGAAGAGCUCAUAGUAUCCAUUCACAUUCACAUCAUUCCUUGGAUAGUAGUUCUAGUGAAUCAGAAGAAGAGGAGGAGGAAGAUCAAUUUGAUGAAGAGGACGAAUCAUUGCUUUUAAGACUAGACCCAAAAGAAUGGAAGAAACAAGAUCAUUAUGCUGUUCUAGGGCUAAGCAAAUUGAGAUACAGAGCAUCAGAAGAUCAACUCAAAAGAGCUUAUAAACAAAAAGUACUUACCCAUCAUCCUGAUAAAAGAAAAGCCAGGGGGAAAGUAGUGAAAGAAGGAGAUGAUGAUUACUUUACUUGUAUUACUAAAGCUUACGAAAUUCUCGGAAACAAGCAAAAACGACGUUCAUUUGAUAGUGUGGAUCCCGAAUUUGAUGAAGAUAUUCCUCCUGUUGUAAAAGAUAAAUUCUUUGAAGUGUUCAGGCCUGCCUUUGAAAGAAAUGCUAGAUGGUCCACAAAAAAGAGGGUACCAAGACUUGGUGAUGAAAACACACCUUUUGAGGAAGUCAAUAGUUUUUAUUCAUUUUGGUAUGAAUUCGACUCAUGGCGAGAAUUUUCUUAUCUGGAUGAGGAAGAAAAAGAAAAGGGAGAAAACCGGGAGGAAAGGCGAUGGAUAGAAAAGCAAAACAAGGCUGCUCGCCAGAAACUCAAAAAAGAAGAAAUGGUCAGAAUACGACAAUUAGUUGAUAAUGCUUAUGCUAGUGAUCCAAGAAUUAUAAAGUUUAGAGAGGAUGAAAAAGAAAGGAAAAAUGCUGUUAAAAGAGCUAAACAAGAAGCAGCUAGGCAGAGAGUUGAAGAAGAAGAAAGAAGACGACAAGAAAUUUUAGAAGAAGAACGCAAAAAAAAAGAAAAAGAAGAAGAAGAAGCAAAAGCACAGGCUGUCAUAGCAAGGAAAGAAAAAGAAGCCUUGAAGAAGCAGUUUAAAAAAGAAAGAAAAGCUCUAAGAGCAUACAUGAAGGAAUAUGACUACUUUGCUACAAAUGAUGAAGAGAGAGUUUUAAUGAUGAAAGAAGUGGAUAGAAUAGCUGAAGUGUUAUCUUUAAUAAAUUUACAGACACUUAAUGAAAGUCUCAGCAAAGGUAUUAAUGGUGCUAAAGAUGCCUUUAUGGGAAAGUUGAAGGAAGUUAAUGAUCAAAUGGAGGAAGAAAAACGUAGAUAUUUUGAGCUUACAUCCCAAAAGUCUGCAAAUGAGAACACCAAUGUCCGUAAAGUUUGGUCAGAAUUAGAGACACAGAUCCUGAUUAAGGCUGUUAAUCUGUUUCCAGCUGGUACACAAGACAGAUGGGAAGUCAUAGCAAAUUUUAUCAGUCAGCAUGUUACUGGAAGUAACAAAAAUGCCAAAGAUGUCCUAUCUAAAGCUAAAGAGCUUCAAAAAAGUGAUUUGAAACUUCGUGAAGAAGUAAAGAAAAAUGCAUUUGCACAAUUUGAGCAAAGCCAUAGAGCUGCAAAGUCUGGUGAUAUGGAAAAACCAAGUGAAAGAUUAGAAAGUGUUGGUGAACAGCAAGUUCGAGAAACUGGAUCUAAUCAGGCUCCUUGGACAGCUGAGGAACAAAAACUUUUAGAACAGGCCCUGAAGUCUUAUCCUGCCAGUGAAACUGAUAGAUGGGAUAAAAUAUCAGCUGUAAUCCCUUCAAGGAGUAAAAAGGACUGCAUGAAGCGUUACAAGGAAUUAUGUGAACUUGUCAAGGCAAAGAAAAAUGCACAAACAGCUGUUGCUUCUAAGAAUAAAAAGUUAUGACAUAUUUCAUUGAUUUUCUGAACAUUUUUUUCAUUGCUGAAAUUUGGAACCAUGUGGGUCAUCUUGUAUGGGAAAAUACCACAUCAUUUUACUAAGCAAAUUGUAAAGAUUUAGAUUACUGUCUAGUUCUGUAACAUAAAGUUUUACAUUAAUAAUGUGUGAAUACAUUUAAAUGCAUUUCA